AUGGAUGAAUUUGCGUGCUUGAGGGACUGGGAUUUGGAGGCUAUUGUGAGGGGAAGCAGUGGUGAAGCCACCACUAUGGACGAUCCAAAUCCUGAUUUUUCUUGUUUCUUUUCUGACCAAGAUGAUCUGCUUGAUAGCUUUCCCGAAUUCUCAGAAACCACGAGGGUCCUUGACGAUCUGGAAGAGCUUUACAAACCUUUCUACCCAGUUUUGCACCCUCUUUCACCUCACACCAUCGUUACAACUUCCCUAUCUAUCCCCAUAGAACCCCAACAAGUCAAAGAGCUUAGCACAUCAGAAGAGAAAGUAGCUCUACAAGGUCUGAAAGUUCCCCCAACACCUAAGUGUAAAAAAAGCAAGAAGAGCCAGAACAAGAGUAUGGUGAAGCAGGUGACAACAGCAGAAGGUCUUGACGAUGCGUGGGCAUGGCGUAAAUAUGGGCAGAAACCAAUAAAGGGUUCUCCCUAUCCACGAAGCUACUAUAGAUGCAGCAGUUCCAAAGGGUGUUUGGCGAGGAAACAGGUUGAAAGGAGCCACUUAGAUCCUGCAGUUUUUCUGGUUACGUACACUGCUGAACACAGCCAUCCCCACCCAACUCGAAGAAAUUCUCUUGCUGGGACCACUCGGAAGAACAAUUCCCUGAUUCCCCCUCCCACCACUCGUAACCAGAAGACUACUUGUUCCUCAAGGACACCUUUGGUAAUGCAAUCCAUUGAAGAUGGACUUGUAACUAGUGUCCAACAAAGCAUGGACUUGAAGAAAGAGCAAGAUUUUCUUGAGUGGUUGGAUGAUGAUAGUGCUCAAUUUGGUGAUGGUUGGAUUCCAAGCUCAGAUCUUGAGAAGUUUAUUGGACUUGAGUGCCAACAUUUUGCAUUAGAUGGAGGUUUCAUGGAUGCUUAUGCACACUCUUGA